AUGCAGCAAGCUCUCACUGCACAACUCCAGAAUGCUGGACAGCAGAUCACCUACCUCUCCUCACAGCCCGUCGCGUACCUGCCGCAACAGGUGAUGUUAACCGCGCAGCAGCCGAUGACAAUGAUGCAGCAGCAGCAGGUGGCUCAGCAGCCGGUGACCGCACAACAAGUAGCUCAGGCCCAGGCGGCCCAGCAGCAGAUUGCUCAGCAACAGGCAGCUCAGCAACAGGCAGCUCAGCAACAGGCAGCUCAGCAACAGGCGGCUCAAGUGCAGGCGGCUCAAGUGCAGGCGGCUCAAGUGCAGGCAGCUCAAGUGCAGGCAGCUCAAGUGCAGGCGGCGCAGCAGCAGGCGGCUCAAGUGCAGGCGGCGCAGCAGCAGGCGGCCCAGGUGCAGGCUGCUCAGCAGCAGGCGGCCCAGGUGCAGGCUGCUCAGCAGCAGGCAGCUCAAGUGCAAGCGGCUCAGCAGCAGGCGGCUCAAGUGCAGGCUGCGCAGCAGCAGUUGGCGCAGCAAAUCGUGCAGCAGCAGCAGCAGUUGGCUCAACAGCUGGCUCAGCAGCAGUUGGCUCAGCAACUGGCGCAGGAGGAGGCGCGGGCGGGGAUGCCGGCACGGGCACCGGGUUCACCGAACGGGCAGGAGGUGAUGAUACAGCAGCGAAUCGCGGAAGAGGCAUCGUUGGCCCGGGACCAGUUGCGGGCGUACCGGGAUCUGGGUGCGUCGGUCGAUGGGGUGGAUACGGCGGGUCCCCAAUGGAACGCGUUGGAGCCGCGUGUGGAGGAGAAUGAGACGAGUUACGGAAAGGCCGUGACAUCGGCGACGGCGGCAGCGUUACAGCCGACGGCGUCGCCGGUGGUUCAGGCCGCAGGUCGUGCGGCGCCGAUUGAGGUAGGGGACGUCAUGCCGCCGGCGCAUAUCGACCUGCACGGAGUGUGUGUGAAUCUGCAGGAGUUUUUUGAAGACCGAACGGGUGUGCUGUUUGGAGUGUUAGGAGCAUACAAUCCACAUGACACAAAGGUGACGGUGCCGAGCAUCUUGUCGAACAUGCCGCACUUUGAACGGUUGGUCGACUUUGUUGGCUGUCUAAGUGUUAAUGACCCAUUUGUAAUUAAGGCGUGGGCGAAGAAGUUAGGUGUGAGUGAUCAGUUCACGUUUAUCGCUGACAGUGAUGCCCGUUUCACGGAGGCACUUGGUAUGAUGGUCGACCUACCUGAGGAGGGAUUGGGGCUGCGGUGUCGCCGGUUUGCUGCGAUUAUCGGCAACCGUUCGACCUUCCGUUGGGUUGCGCUUGACGAGGAGGCCACCGCGGACAACGUGCUUAAGCACCUGCCCACUUACGUGCGCACGCCUUGGAAAUCCUUCCUGGUCGGGAUCGGCUAUGAAACCGGGCCGGGGACGGCGGUCUAUCAGGCGUUGACGGACACUCGCAACUACCUGACGGACAACGGCUUCUGUGCGGAGACGGACUGGCAGCUGGUCCUCUCUGACAAGCUUGAUGACGUCUUCAAGCCCACUGCCGAGAAUAUCAUCUCUGGUCUCAAGUGGCUUGUGGAGGGAGCACAGGCCGGCGACGUCCUGUGCUUUUACUACAGUGGAGCCGUAACCGCGGACACCGCCGAAAGUAGCCGCGGAGGCGACGAUGAGGAACCGCGGAACCUGAAGGCGGUCGACUUCGAGGACGGCGGACUCGUCAACGUCGACGACAUCAUCAACAUGUGCUGGCCCGCCGUCCCACUCGACUGCCGACUCAAUCUUCUCUUCGAUGGCGUCGCCCUACCGUUCCGACUCGCAUACUCACUCGACAGCUCAGGCCAGGUCACCUCCAAGGCCUGUCCUAUGCUGUCGGGCGACAUCUUCGUCAUCCAGUGCAGCGUCCCAGGACUUUCCAACGUCCUCUCAAAACUACCCAAGAACACCUCCUACAUCGAGGUGAUCAGGGAAACGGAGCGACUACUCGGCGUACCCUGCACAAUCCACUCAAGCAGAUACAUAGACCCGAACAACGAUCUCAACAUAUCAGACGUACUCGCUUUCUAG